AUGGCCCGCUCUGCUACACCCUCCAGUCUAUCUCUGUCCUCGGUCCUUGCUCAAGAGCUCAACCGUUCUUCUCUGUCAUUCAAGCCCACACCACUCUUCUUUACCUCCACCAAGACGUCCAACACUUUCUCUCUCUACCCAUUGGUGUUACAGUGUAGAGGAAGAAAAUCAAUCAAUUGGGUUGAUGUUUCUUUGGCAAAAUCUGAGUCUUGCCCAGUUAUUGUGGCUGCUUUGGCCGCUGAAGCUGAGGUAGCAGUGGCUCUGGAAGACGAAGAUGAGACAUAUACAUGGAGAGAUUUUGCUGAACCAAAGGCCAACACAACACUGGAAAUGGCCCGCUCUGCUACACCCUCCAGUCUAUCUCUGUCCUCGGUCCUUGCUCAAGAGCUCAACCGUUCUUCUCUGUCAUUCAAGCCCACACCACUCUUCUUUACCUCCACCAAGACGUCCAACACUUUCUCUCUCUACCCAUUGGUGUUACAGUGUAGAGGAAGAAAAUCAAUCAAUUGGGUUGAUGUUUCUUUGGCAAAAUCUGAGUCUUGCCCAGUUAUUGUGGCUGCUUUGGCCGCUGAAGCUGAGGUAGCAGUGGCUCUGGAAGACGAAGAUGAGGUGGUGGUGGAAGGUGGUGUUGCUUCAACUCCUCCAACGAAGCCCAAGAAAGGCAAAGCUGCACUGCCUCUGAAGAGGGAUAGAAUGAGGUCCAAGAGAUUUUUGGAAAUUCAGAAAUUGAGGGAAAACAAGAAAGAUUACGACUUAACAACUGCAAUAUCACUGCUCAAGCAAACAGCAAGCACAAAGUUCGUCGAAACAGCUGAAUCCCAUUUCCGCCUCAACAUUGAUCCCAAAUAUAAUGAUCAACAGUUGAGGGCAACGGUGAAUUUGCCCAAGGGAACUGGCCAGACUGUAACAGUUGCUGUUCUAACUCAAGGGGAAAAGUUUGAUGAAGCAAAGAAUGCAGGAGCAGAUUUGGUUGGAGGAGAGGACUUGAUAGAGCAGAUAAAAGGAGGAUUCAUGGAAUUUGACAAAUUAAUUGCUACGCCUGAUAUGAUGCCUAAGGUUGCCAGUCUUGGUAGGAUUCUGGGACCACGAGGACUAAUGCCAAACCCAAAGGCUGGUACAGUUACUACUAAUAUACCUCAGGUAUGGUCUAAAUCUUCCUGCCCGUACAUAUUUACCCAAAUUGGAGGUAGAUUUCCUGAUUCUGAACUUCUGAUCGAGGAGGCUAUAGAGGAAUUCAAGAAGGGCAAGGUUGAAUACAGAGCAGAUAAAACUGGUAUUGUUCACUUACCCUUCGGAAAGGCAAAUUUCUCAGAGGAAGAUCUUCUUUUAAACUUGCUUGCUGCAGUGAAAUCAGUAGAGGCAAACAAGCCAUCCGGUGCAAAAGGAGUGUAUUGGAAAAGUGCACAUAUAUGCUCGUCAAUGGGGCCUUCCAUUCGGUUGAAUAUAAGGGAGAUGCUCGAGUACAAGCUUCCAUCAAAUAUUUAA